AUGCCAGACCUCAAAGCCUCUCCUGUCCCAAGCAGUGGCGUGACUGCGACCGCCUCAGCCCCUGCAAUGGAACCCUGUACCUCCACGGACUUGACGAUGACUCCGGCCUCGUCAUUUCGCAACGUCUCGGCUUGCAAUCGCUGUCGCCUACGAAAGCACCGCUGUGACCAACGGCUUCCAAGAUGUCAAUCCUGCGAGAAAGCGCAGCUCCGAUGUGUGGGCUAUGACCCGAUCACCAAAGCGGAAAUACCACGUAAUUACGUGUACUUUCUCGAGAACCGCAUCAAAUAUCUCAAUGCUGUCCUGUCACGUCACCAGAUAAAUUGCAAACCAGUCGUCGCCUUCGACGAGGAAGAGGCAGAUAGCGAAGAUACAGCGAUCCAGGUAUCUUCGACGAGCGCCAAUUCUCACUACUUCAACGUGCCAACUGAAAGGUCAAAUUCGGCAAAUAAGGAGACAGGGACCUCGAGAGCAAAGCAAGAUUCUCCUGAAUUCAAUAACAAUCCAGAUGAUCUGAUUUUGGACCUGUUGUUUGGGAAGGCAGCAAGGCGUGAAAUCAUGCGGCUGGACAAAGGAUGUGAUCGGGUUGGAGGCGACGGAACUUCAAUCCGCACCUUCUUUUUCGGCCUUCGAGCAAACCGGUCGACCAAGGAAUGUGUAAGUCUUCCUAGCCGAGAACAAGCAGAAAAGCUUGUAGAUUUAUAUUUCAACCACGCGAAUCCACAUAUGCCGGUGCUGCAUCGGUUUGAAUUGAGAGAGGUCCUCAUUCAUACAUACUCCGCUCGAGAGGGAGACCGCUCCGCUCGCAAUUUAUAUUUCCUCUUCAUCGUGCUCGCUAUAGGUGCCGCGAUCUACUGUGAUUCUGUCUCGCCGAUCACUGACCGUGGACGGCAGCAAAAGUGGUGUGAAACAAGACCAAACAAGAGACGGAAGCUACUGUCGAGAAAUUUCUCCACGCCCGAGCAAUACCAUGCUACCGCUAUGGCCUAUCUGGAACGAUCCUUAGGGCCCGCCACUUCUUCAGAUCAGCUCAAUGAGCUCGAAGAGCUACAGGCGAUGAUCCUCCUCGCAAGUUUUGCUCUUGUUAGGCCCACCGCACCCGCACUUGGAUGCCUGGUUGACGUGGCUGUUCGUUCAGCUAUAGAUUUACGUCUGUACUGUGAGCACGAUGCCGGUCCAUUCUCGAGUGAUACCAAACAUUAUCAUUCCUUGGGUGGCCAUGAAACACAUCAGGACUGGACUGACGACUUGCGCCGGCGUCUGUGGUGGUGUGUAUACAGCCUGGAGCGUCUCGUUGUGCCGUAUCUCGGCCGGCCUUUCUUUGUUCCAGAUGAAGUGAUUACAACGGAGUUUCCCUCCAUCCUUGACGACAAAUUUAUCACACCAUCCGGUACUUUGAUACCCCCGGAAAAUAUGGCCAGCUAUAAAUAUACAACCCAUCAUUUCCUCAAGCUGCGAAUCCUUCAAUCGGAAAUCCACAACGCAAUUCAAUACCAACAAGCUUUAGUGACAACAGAGAGAAACCCCAUGAGCCGAAGCCGGAAACCCCCCUCAUUCCUUAAAGUCUUUUCAUCCUUUAGUUCGUGGCGGGUGGACAUGAAUCAGAGACUUGAUGAAUGGAGAAGCUCGAUUCCGCCUCAAGAGAAAACUGGUUCCAGCCAUUGCAUUUUGUCGAUGGAGCUGGAAUACUGGCAAGCUAUCAUUACGCUCUAUCGUUGGAGUGUCACGAUACCUGAGGGACUGGUUGAAUGCUCUGGCCUUGUCAAUGAUAACAUCCCGCAACUCACCAUCGAGGCCCCGGAAAGUCCGGACAUGAUUUGUCUUAAAGUUGCCAAGGCGGGCCAAGAAGUGAUUCAAGUAUAUCGUUUGCUGCACAAUAUGGGACUAACCAACGUCACGUACUUGCCGGUGCAUGGGAUCUUUAUUGCAGGCAGUUAUCUUUUUUUCGCCCUGUGGAAUUCCUCCUGUGCUCGCCACAAGUGGGCUGUCCAAGACCUUGAUUAUGCCAUUCUGGCCGGCACUUCUGUCUUGGAUGACCUCGCGGGUAAAUACGCCCCGGCAUAUGCCACCCGGGACGCAUUCAAGCGGAUGGGUAUCGCGACCGUGGAAAUGUGUCUUGCGAAAGAGAACUGUGGAUACUCACUCUCUCAAUCAAGAGACAUGGAGUUUGCCAGGACUUGUCAGGAUCUUUUGCAGAGUAACGGCGCAACAGACAGGCCAAUGAUAGGGCGUGGGACAUCCAUAGGCCCGGGGAUAUGGCAAGAACCGGAGCCCACUGGCUGUCUUGAACUCAAAAUCCCGACUGUACGAUAUGGGAUGCUCAGACACUCAGCCGAAAGCGUCUCCAAGAGUCCAGAGACAGAUAUCUCGACUCUGGAGUGUAUUCAAGGGACUUCAUCGUCAGUUUCUGUUGGCUGUCAAGAUGACCUAUGUGAAAUCAAGCCUCGGAUAGAGUGGCUGGGAAAUAACGAUUCCCAAACUCUUCCUCUCCUGGCUUCUCCCGACUUAUCCUCCAAGACUUACGAGCAGCCUUGGGCCCUUAGAGGCGAUUAUUCAACAUCAAGCGAUUUUGAGUUUUUGAGCUUCACUUUUGGUGCGUCAAAAGACACCUCGGAAAUUUCGGAUCAUGUCACAAAUUGCACAUCUAAGCCUAUAUUACCGGACGUGAACGUCGGAUUAGACGAUGCAAAAUGUGAGACUGACCAGGACUCCCUAGAAGCUUACCUAGUUGAAUGGGCCGGCUCUGACUCGCCGAUAGACUAA